CUCGAAGCGUUCCGAGAGCACCACAUCCGGAACAUCACGGCCAUGCUGUUCGCGAACCAGGGCCUGAUCCAGCGCUACCUCGACGGCGAGCUCGACAAAGACGAAGACGAGCCGGCGGCGGAGCCUCGCGCUGGGGCGCCCAAACUGUCGGGGCAGCAGGCGAGGAUCGCGGAAGAGAUCCUGGAGUCUGUCGGCAAGGGGCUGUGGCAGCGGCAGGCGAGGGAGGACGCCUGGAAAGGGGAGGCCAGGGACGAAGCCGAGGACGACCCGUUCGAAAAGCCCGCCGCCUGGCGGCCCGCCUUCGCGGUCCUCGGCCCAGCCGGCAGCGGCAAGUCCACGGCCGUCCACCAGGCCAUCCGGCAGGCCGCCGACCGCGGGGCGCGCGUGCUGCUGACCGCCCCGACCGGGCGACUGGCCGCCACGCUGCGGGAGCGGUUUCCGGGGCUGGAGGUACACCGUGCACGGGGCGCGCUGGAGGUCAUGUGGCCCUACGACCUGAUCGUCGUAGAGGAGGUGGGCCAACUGAGCCGGGAGCUUUUCGAGCGGCUCAUCACUCAGUGGCGCGCGGCGAAGCGGCACCUCCACGAGAUGAUCCGCUGCAAGUGCCCGAUCCUCCGGAAGAAGCUGGAGCUGCUGCGGACCGGCAAGCCCUCGCGGCAGCAGCUGAGAGCCAUCCUCAAGAGACACAAGGCGCCCUCGCGCGGCCGAGCCGGCUACGUCACGAACGAGAUCCCCACGCUGGACGACGUGACCCACAUCCUGGCAGAGACGCCGGAGACGACAUUCCUCACCGUCAGCCGCGGCGCCAGCGCCCGCUUGAACGGCCUCGCCACGCAGGCCCUCUUCGGCGACAGCGCUCCGCUCGCCGUUGUGCCGGCCGACCCCGAGAGCAACGAGGACAACUACGUCCGCGGCAAGCUCGUGGCCGAGACGCCGCUCGAGACGCCCCUCUUCGCGGGCGCGCGGGUGGUCCUGACCAAGAACCUCACCAAGACCGUCGGGUUCGUCAACGGCAUGGGCGCCACCGUCCUGGGCAUGGACAACGACAACGUGAUGGUUCGAACGGACCAGGGCGCUCGCCUGGCGAUCCACCCGUGGACGUCGGAGAACCACGUGGUCCACUACCCCCUGCGCUUGGGCUACGCGAGCACGUUGCACAAGGUCCAGGGCGCCACGCUGGCCCACAUCACCGUGUGGCUGGACAUCCCGAACAUGCCCGCCGCCGCGUACGUGGCGCUGAGCCGCGUGGAGUUCGACGCGAACUGA